CGCGGUUGACGAGGCGGAAUACAGGAGACACGCGAUCUCGGAGCGGGCUGCGGCAAAACAUUAACCGUUCGCCAUGGGCAACCCAAGGCAGCUUGAUGUGGCCCUGAUCCGAGCAAUCAUGGACCAUCCAGUAUUCUACGAUAAAAACUCCUGGGGCUACAACGAUAUCGACGCCAAGGAAAAACUAUGGACGGAGAUCGCGGCCAAUCUAAACCUGGAAGUCGACGCUUGUCGAGCUCGCUGGAAAAACCUCCGAGACACCUUCGUGAAGAGUCGCAGGAAGAAACCCCAGUUCAGGAGAGUCGGCACCAAGUUUGUGCGACAGACUCGGGUUAACCGAUGGCGAUACACUGACGAGAUGGCGUUCCUUGUCCCCUACCUCAACCUCCGGGACCCCGAGAAAGCUGACGACGCCAUAACUGAUGACACAGAGUUCGAAAUAACAACCAACGACUUCAAGGAUGACGGAGGGCAGGAUGAGCACGGGGAUGCGCAGGAUGGGGAAGAGGAAAGGGAGACAAUCCGGGUGGCAAGUCGGAAAAGAGGCAGACCAAGUAAUCAGACCAGCACGCGGCCAUCUUGUUCAUUCCACGACCCGGAUGAACCCACGGAGGACAGGCCAACGAAGGUGUACCAUAAGCCAAUGCUGGCAGCUCCCCAGGAGAUGGACGACGUUGAGUCCUUUUUCUUCAGCAUGGGUCAAAGCGUCCGUAGUCUGCCGAAACAUUUACAGAGUCGGGUGAAGAUGAGGGUUUGCCAGGUCGUGACUGAAGCGGAGAUGGAGUUCCACACUCCAACUGUUGCAGUUUACAGCGCCGAGCAGACGCUUGAUGUCAAACCUGUCAUAGACCUGUACCAGACCUCAUGAGGGAGCUUCACACACACAGGUCAACAUGGCGGCUAUCGAUACGCGGUACCCGGAUGUGUUUCGGGAGAGACGUUUGGAUCAUGUACGUUUAGAUGGUCAUCGCCUAAAGAUACCCGGAUUUACGCCCGGAAAGAGGUUUGGAUGACAGAGUCUUCAUAUUGGUCUGUCAGUGAAGGUUGAGGUCAUACUUUUCAAUAUGGCGGUCGUCGAUUCAUAGUACCCGGAUGUACAGUCGGGAUCGAGAUUGGAUGAUUCAGGAUAGUUAAAAUGGCAGCCGUCGGUAGACGUUAUCCGGAUGAACGACAGGGAUGGAGAUUUGAAUGAUAUAGGUUGUUAUUUUGUGUGUAUUCAAAACGUGUGCACAUGUAUGUUCGGAACAGAUGAUGGGUCAACGGUGGUGGACUGAGGAUAGCCUCCAGAUGCUGUGGCACAGCCUCUCGAUCAUGCGGCGUAGCAGUCCUGGGGUCCGCUUCACAAAGCGAGCUUAGUGCUACGAUUGACGUAAGUGGAUGUAGAAGUAUGGGACUUAUGGUCGUCUCAGCGCUAAGAUCGCUUUGUGGAACAUGGUGGGUUUCGCAGAGCGAGCAUCGUGCUGCGAUUGCCGUAACUCGCAUAUGUUCAUCGAUGAAUGAUAGUCGCAGUACCGUGCGAUCGCUUUGUGAAGAACCCCCUCUCCUAUUCUGUGAUGUGAUAGAAUCCUUGAUCCUUCAGUCGCCAAUAUGGUUACACAAACGGACCUCUGUCGUACAAAAUAUAGGGUUACAUUCUUCUGCCAGUGACACUGCGGGUACUAUUAACUCCGGAACAUACAGUGACAUUUCAUUUUCCUAUUUUCCUUGUAGAUGCGUGCGUCAUGCAGCGCUCUCAAUAAUACAUUAUUGCCCAGGUUGUGUGUUGGAAUAUGGCGUUAUUAUCUAAUCUUUCUUUUCGUUCCCCUGAAGUAUCAGCUUGGUGGCGAUGACACUUGUUUUGUAUGUGUCCAUAUAUAAACGAUUUAAGGAGUCCAGACGGCCAGUUUGUGGAGUGUUUUCGUGAGUGAGUGAGUUGGGUUUAAAACCGCUUUUAACAGUAUUCCAGUUAUAUCGCGGCGUGUCAGCUUAAUGUGGGAGGAAAGCCCGAAGUGAUGCAGGUCUCAGACGUUUACCACU